CCCUGUUAUACUACUAGCAUGGACACAUUCUUGUCCAGCCAGCCCUUAGGACAAGGCCAUCUUAAUCUCUGCCAUUGGAAUGAUAGUUAUCUUUUAGAACUAAAUCCAUUGGAAAACCAGCACAAACGCAAUAAAGUGCACAAAACAUCCCCAAUUGGACAGCUCCAUUGCGUCACGACACCAAAUCCAAUUGCUUCAAACAAAGAAAAUCAAUCAGAAUCAGCAAAAAAAGGCAUCAUUUUGAAGAAAUCUCUACAUAAAAUUCGUUUUUGUGGUUUCAAUUUAGUGCCAAAUUUUCUGAAAAUUGCGAAAAAAUCAAAAACGGGAAAAAAAAGUCAUCGGUUCCGGCAACAAUUUUUCGAAUCUCCAUAGAAAACAUUAGAAAAUGAUUUGAAUCCUUUGAAGAAAACCAUCAUCAAUCAAAGAUCUAACCAGUUCAAGAGAUGCUACGUUUCCAAAAAUCAUCAGCAGCACUUGGCAGAAGAGGUAUCAAGACAAUCCACAAGGAUUUGAAGUUCUCAAACAGCGCAAGAAUCGCAGUUUUAAGAGGUGCUGAAAAAGUCUACAAUGCAGUUUCAGUAACAUUAGGUCCAAAAGGUCGUAAUGUCUUGAUGGAACAGAAAUAUAAUUUCCCAAAGAUCACUAAAGAUGGUUAUUCAAUUGCUCAGGAAUUGACUUUCAACAAUAGAUUUGAAAAUAUGGGUUGCCAACUGAUUAAAGAUGUUACAAAUAAAUCAAAUCUUGAAUCUGGAGAUGGUACAACAACUUCAACUGUUUUAGCUUAUAAUAUUUUGAAUAGUUCUCUAAGACAUGUUAGUGUUGGUGCUAAUCCAACUGAAAUUAGAAAUGGUGUUCAACUAGCUAUCAAUAAAGUUAUUGAAUAUCUAGAAUCUCAAAAGCAAAGCAUUACAUCGAGUACUCAAAUGAAACAGAUUGCAGUUGUUUCUUCAAAUGGUGAUGAAGAACUUGGUGGUUUGAUCGCAGAAGCUAUUGAACAAGUUGGGAAAGACGGUAUUGUUACUAUCGAAAACGGAAACAAGCUUGAAAAUGACUUGGUUGUUUCAAAAGGUUUAAGAUUUGAUCAAGGUUUUAUAAAUCCUCAAUUUGGUGAUGUUUCAAAACCAAGUUCCAAAGUUGAAUAUGAAAACCCAUUGAUCUUGUUAUAUAAAGGUGAAUUGAAAAACUCUCAAGAUAUCUUGCCACCUCUAAAUCAUGCUCAAAGAUCAAAACGCCCAUUGUUAAUAAUAGCUGAAGGUUUAACAGGUGAUGCUCUUGCCAUUUCAAUCUUGAACAAAUUGAGAGGUCAAGUUGAAGUUGUUGCAGUGAAAGCACCAGGUUAUGGUGAACAUAGAGCUCAAUAUUUCCAAGACUUGGAAGCUGCAACUGGUUCAAAGAUCUUGGAUCCAGAAACUGGUGAUGUUGCAAGCACUGCUACAAAAGAAGUUUUCGGUUCUGCAGGUUCAAUUGUCAUUUCUCCAAAGGAAACCAUAAUCAUUGAUGGUAAAGGAGAAAAGUCCAAAAUUGAUGAACGUAUUGAACUAAUUGAAACAAAAUUGAAUGAUCCUGCAACAUCAUUUUCAGACUCUGAACAAUUACAAAAAAGAUUAUCUAAAUUGAAAGGUGGAGCAGCCAUUAUUAAACCAGGUGGUGCUACUCAUUUUGAAGUUAAAGAGAAAAAAGAUAGAUUAGAUGAUGCUUUAAGCUCAACCAAAGCUGCUCUAAGAAGUGGAUUCUUACCAGGUGGUGGUGUUGCCUUAUUAAAAGCAAGUGUUGAAUUAAAUAAUGCUGAUUUUGGUAAUGUUUCUUUUGAUACCAAAAGAGGUAUUGAUAUCGUGAAAAAAUCUCUAGCUUCUCCAUUCAAUAAAAUUCUUUCAAAUUCAGGUCUUGAAGGUGAUCAAUUGAAAGGUAAACUUGAAGGUAAAGCCUUCAGCUAUGGUAUUAAUGCACAAACUGGUGAAUUGGUUGAUCUGUACGAAGCCGGUAUUAUUGAUCCAUUUAGUACAAUUAAAGGUGCAUUGGUUAAUGCCUCUGGUGUCACCAGUUUAUUAUCAACAACUGAAGUUGCAAUUGCUAGUGUUCUCGGUGAAAAAGAAGGUUUUUAG